GUGAGGCCCUGCACCAACUUGAAGACGCACGCGCUUUGUGCCGUGAAGACCAUUGGCAAGACGAGCUGGUCCACCAGGCGCCACGUCUUGGAGGAGAUCGAGAUGCUCCAGGCGGUGUCUGGCAAGCACCCGCACAUCAUCAAUUUCCUGGAGUACUACGAGGAGUGGGGCACGAUGAACCUCAUCUUCGAGUACUGCCCCUACGGCACGCUGGAGGACGCCGUCGGGCAGGAGGCGCUGGUGGCCGCUGGCGAGGCUGGCGCCGCGGCCCUGGGAUGCCAGCUCCUCGACGCCCUCGGGUGCCUGCGGGGGCUGGGCAUCCUCCACAGGGACGUGAAGCCCGCGAACGUCCUCCUGCUGGACAAGUGGACCCUCAAACUCGCCGACUUUGGCGUCGCGUGCUUCUGCGGCGACGAGGACUCGCUGACCGCCUGCGAGGGCACUCCGGCCUUCUUCCCGCCAGAGGUGCCCUCAGGGGGGCCCGUGGCGGGGAGGGGGGCCGACCACGCCCGCAAGCGCCGGCCGGUCGCCCGCGGCACGCACGCACCGCGCGGGCGCGGUGGGCGGAUUACCCUGUACAUGAUCCUCUUCAGGGGCGAGCACCCGUUCGUGGACCGGGGCCGCGUCAGCAAGGACCUGCUGCGCCGGGGGGACUUCGAGGUGGGCUGGCUCACCAGCUCGGACGCCAAGGACCUGCUGGAGUGGCUGCUGAUGCCCAACCCGGGGCAGCGCAUCGUGCCCGACGACGCGCUGGACCACUCCUGGUUUGCCAGGCACUCGCUCGGCGAAGGCGGGUUCUCGAAGAAGAAGCCCGACAAGCUCGUGCUCGACGGUCACG